AAUUACAGCUAAACAUAUCAUAAUCUGCACACACAUUCUAUGAUUUAACAAGGAAUACAGAAGUAGUUGAAAUUAUUCAAACACUAUAGAAAAGUUUUUUCUUUCUUCAGGAAAAUUAAUUAAUUUCAUUGCAGUAUAAUUAUCAGAUAUGGAAUAAUCCCUGUAGUAGUAAUAGUACUGGUUAUUGACUAAUAAUAUAAUAAUAAUAAUAAUCAUAUCCUUAUUGUUAAUAAUAUUUUUAACAUGUCUGGAGACUAUUUUUCAAGAACACCAGCUUUAUUAUACUCUUAUGUUGAUUCCGAUUAUAAAACAUUUCAAUUUAAAGUUGAUCAGAUCAAUGAUUCAGUAGCCCCAAUGACAACAUUCAAUUCAAAUAAUCAUAAUAAUAAUAAUAAUUAUACAAAUCAUUAUCAUCAUGAUUUUAAUGAUAUAUCAAUGAAGUAUGGAACACAAUCUAUUUUUCAGGUACUUCCAAAUAAUCCUCGACAUAAUAAUCCUUAUCAUCAUCUUCAUCAAAUAGAACAUCAUCAUCGUAAUCAACAGGAUUAUUUGAAUAAUUCUUGUUCUUCUGGAACAACACAUUUGACAUUAUUAAAAUUAACUGGUACAACUACUACUGCUAAUACAACAAUUACAUCGACAAAUAAUGUUAAAUGUUAUAAUAUUCAUGAAUCUGAUGAUAAUCAUUUAAAUAAUUCAAAUUUAAGACAGAUUAAUCUUAGUAAACAAUCGAAUGUGAUUACAUCAUCUCAUUAUGAUAAUUCAUUAACUGGUAAUAAUCAUCUAACAAAUGAAUUAUCCACUGAGAAUUGGAGUAAACAUUCUCCACAAACGUUAUUGAAUUUGUCAGGAAAUGAUCAAUGGUUAGUGACAUCCACUCCUAGAUCACCUACAACAAGUGAUAAUUAUGUUAAUGGUAUAGUUUCUAUUAAUCUCAGUACUAAAAUUGAUAAAACAAUUACUACUGAUGUACAGAUUAGCACAACAACAGCAACAACAAAUCCUAACCUUAAUUGUAUAACAUCUACAGACAUUAAUAAUAAGAAUACAUUAUUAAAAUUGUAUUCAGAUUCUAGAACAAAUCAAAAAUUAUCCUUAACAGGUAAUAAUAUUGAUUGUUAUGGUACAAAUGUAAAUGGGACUGCUACAGAUGUAAAUACUAAAUGUUUUCUGCCACCGCCUAAUCAUAUCAUAUCAUCAUCAUGUAUUAUAAAUGAUCAUUCAAUAAAACCCAAUAAUCUACCAUUAUCAAUAUCAUCUUCAUUAUCGUCAUCAUCAUCAUCAUCAUCAUCAUCAUCAUCAUCAUCAUCGCCACCUCCAUCAUCAUCAUCAUCACCAUCGUCCUAUGACUGUACAUUAACUGAUUCUAAAAUACUGUCUACUAAUUUAUGGUCUACAACAUCUAAUUUACUUAAUAAACAAUUGGGGAAUGAUAGUAAUAAUACAUUUCCUACAAUUCAUGAAUCAUAUCCUAUUCAACCUUUAAUGACAUCUUAUUUAAAUAAUUCUUUAAAUAUUGAUUAUCAUCAUAAUAUCCAUCAUCAUCAUUGUCAGGAUCAGCAACAUUCAACAUUCAAUAAUAAUGAUAAUAAUAAUAGCAAAAUAUCAAAUUAUAUGCCAGAUAUUGACUCACGUCCCUAUCAUCAUCUUCAUAACAUUAGCAGUCCUGAAGAGUCGUCUAGUGAAGCAUGUCCAACUCUAUCAAAUGAAACAAUAAAUUAUGAUACUGAAUUAAACAGUUAUGAAUCACUUCAUUCAAUUCAGUCAUCUUGUAUAAAUACCACUAGUCAAUGUAAUAAUAAUGAACGAAAUCAUCAAGUCAAUGGUUGUUCAACAGUUUUAGGUUCGGUAAACUUUACCUAUUUGAAUUCUGUGCCAACAAAUUCAGUGUUACCAACAAUGACUACAUUUACAACGACGUCGGUGACAACGACACUUACUACCACAGAACCAGGAGUAUCAUUGUCGUCAGUAGUAACGUCAAAAUGUAUUUCAAAUGAUUUCAUUAGUAAACAUGAAUCAAAUACAAUGAAAACGUGUACUCAUGAGAAUAAUCCUACAAUAUCGUCAUCUAUGUUGUUAUAUAAUACUAUGAAUAUGCCAUUUCAUAAAAUGUUAAUGAAAAGCACCAGUGACAGUCGUGAACUAAAUGGUCAAAAUAUUGGUAACGACGAUGAUAUCGAUGAUGAUGAUGAUGAGGAGGAGGAGGAGGAAAUAGAAGAGGAAGAAGAUGGUGAUGUGAAUUUAAAACAUAAUCACUCGACUGACUUAUCCGAUUGCGAAAAUGAUGAUGAUAAUGAUGACAACGAUGAUCUAGAUGGUGGACAUGUUACGAACCAAAGAGAGCGAAAUACAACUAACAAUACGAAAUCCAAAUUAAAAGAUGAAUUAACUAAAGAUAUCGAUAAUCGGAAAAAGAACAACGGAGCUGGUAGACGAUCAGAAAAACCACCAUAUUCUUAUAUUGCAUUAAUUGCAAUGGCUAUCAAAGCAUCUCCAUCAAAACGAUGUACAUUAAGCGAAAUCUAUCAGUAUCUUCAUACACAAUUUCCAUUCUUUCGUGGACAGUAUACUGGAUGGAAAAAUUCAGUUCGACAUAAUCUAUCAUUGAAUGAAGUUUUUAUUAAAUUACCAAAAGGUAUGGGUCGUCCUGGAAAAGGUCAUUACUGGACUAUUGAUCCAGCAGCAGAAUUUAUGUUUCAAGAUGGUGCAUCAAGAAGACGACCAAGAGGUUUUCGAAGAAAAUGUGCAUCAGCAGCAGCAGCUGCUGCCGCUGCCGCAGUAGCGGCAGCAGUUGCAGUGAAUAUUUCAUCAGGAAAUAAUUAUUCACAAAUAACUCAUGAUAAUACAAUGCAUAAAAUUUCCACAACACCUUUUGAUAGUUUUAAUUUAGGAAAUAUGGGUCAUGAUUUAUUGUUAACUAAAGAGAUGACACGAUUUUUUAUACCGAAUUCAGCAAAUACUCGUGGUAUGAAUUAUGAUAGUAUAAAUACUGCUUCUAAACUUCAACCACUUUCUAACGGAUUGUCAAUUUCAUCAAAUUUGAAUAUGACAAAUUCAACAUCAGUUAAGUGUGUAGAACUAGAAGGUAUUGGACCAUCAUCUUCGUCGUCUUCCAUUGACAGUGUUUUCUGUAAUCGUACUACAGCUAAUUUAAAUGGACAAAUACAUGGAUCCAGUACACCAGCUUCAGUUUCAUUUGAUAAUGUAUUCCGUGCACAAUCAGAUUCUUUUGGGAUAAAGUUAUCAAGUUCACCAAUGGAAAUUCCAACAAUAACAACCCAACUUACAGAAAAUAUACAUGUUUCUAGAACAAACUCAGGAGAUUUAGAUCCUUCACCAUACAGUUUUAUGAACUCAUCAGAACAUCUAAGAAACAAUAAUGGUAAUAUCUCAGUUAGUCAACAACUGCCUCCAAUUUACCAAACUAUGAUUCAUAAAACAUUACCAUGUAUACGAAACUCAAAUCCUACAACUGUCUCUUCACUUUAUAAACCUACUGUUUCUGACGCAUAUAUUGGUUCAGUGAAUAUAAGUAACAAUACUCAACAUCAUGAAGACAUAGAAAUAGAUUAUUCAACAUAUUAUAGUAGAGAAAAAGAUCCACAAAUAAGUGGCUCACAUUCAACCGCAAUAAAAAUAAACCAUCACAAUUUAUAUGAAAAUAACUUCAAUCUUAUACAACAUUCUCAGGGUUUAUUGUUAAAUACAAAAGAAUUGAGUUUACUAAGUCAUAACAAUGAACAAUUAAGUAGUGAUCUUGAUGUACGUUGGUCUAAUGAACAUGUAUGUUGGCCAUGUGGUACAUCUAUAAAACGAAACCAGAUGUUUAAUCAAAAAGAGUGUGAUCAUACAGAUAUCCCUUCAAAUACAAUAGAAUCAAAUUUAUACACUAAUGAGAUUUUUAAUGUUUCUCAAAUAAAUAUUAAUUCUUGUAAUAAUAAUAAUAAUAAUAGCACAACUGUUAACGAUUUCAAUGAUCCUACAAGAAGAAUAGUUGAAAGAUUUCAAGAACAUGAUAAUGCUCUAUACACAAGAGCAUUAUUAUCUCCAUCUUCUAAAAGUAAUUCACAAUUAAUUGAUUCAAACAAUAUACCAAACAUUCAACAUACUAACUUAACAAAAUCCGAUGAAUCAAAUCGAAUAAAUUAUUCAAUAAGUUCACUUGAUAAUGAUAUUAAUAUUCAUAUGAAAGAUUCAUGUCAUCCUAAAUGUCCACGAAUUGAAAAUAGUCAAAAUAAAAAUGAAGAAAUUCAUGAAGGAAAUGAAAUAUUAGCAUACAAUACAACAACGGAUUCAUUAUCAACAUUUAUUACUAGUCCACAAUCACAAAAACAUAACUAUAUGUGAAUAUUUAUUUGGUUAAUUAAUUCAUUAUUUACUCGUUUAUGAGUAGUAUAAUGUACUAUUCAAAAUUUCAUUACUUUUACGAUUGUUCUUUUUUUUUUAAUUUUGUUUCAUUUAACUCCUUAUAUACAUAUACAAGUAAAAAACAGUUUCGUCAAAUGUUUAACAUAUAUACAUAUAUUUUCAUUUAAACGUUUACAUUGACGUAUAUAUGAAUAUAAAAUAACAGUAUUCUUGGAUAGUUCGUUUAUCCAAACUAACCCACCUUUCGUCUUAAUCAUUCAUCUGUCUUCUUCAUCAUAUUAUUUGUUGUUCUUCUCGUGAAGUUCACCUAUCUAUCUAACUUUAUAUAUAUCAGCAUUCAUGUGGUUAAACAUUAUAAAAAGAAGAAAUACUACUAACUAUUAUUAAUAGAAUUAGCUUUUUGUGAUUUACCUUUCACAUUGACAAUUCACAAAAUGCAAUUUCUAUAUAUUGAAAUCUAAAUGCAUGUGUUCAUAUUUCUCAGUCAACAAUUUUAAAUUUAUAUAUAAAAUUAAAUUAUGUUGAAUAAUUGUGAAUUAAAUAAUGAUCUUUGAAUUUUUAGUAUCUAUGACUUUAUUAAUAAAUCAAUGACAAAGGAAAGAAAGAAAGAAAAUGUUAGAUGAAAAUAUGUUUGUUUAUCUGAAGUUUUUUUCCUUUUUAAUGAACACAUAUAAUGCUGUUUAUACUACUGAUGUCUAUAAUAUUACUAAUAAUAUGAAAUGAUAAUUAUUUCUAUCUUUUUUAUAUAUAAAUCUAUUGAAGAUCAUUUAUAUUUAUAAU